AUGCAAGCCGGAAUAAUCAUCUAUAAGAAAUUCGAUGAUGGCGGUAUACUUGCCGCAAGAACUACUCGUCCCAAAUCCCAAGUCUCAAUUUUAAUAUUUUGUGAUUGGGAUUUGGGACAAUUUUACUAUGUUUGCGAGAUUUUAAGAGAUUAUAGAUU